AUGACCGCCCCCUCCCCCAAACGCCCCCGCACCCACCCCGCCUACACCCUCCUCUACCACCCCUCCGUCCCCGGCCGCGGCGAAUACAUCCGGCUGGCCUUUGAAGCCUCCGGCGUCUCCUACAGCGACCCCGCCAAGGAGGGCACAGACGGCUACGACGAGGUGCUCGCCGUCUGCGACCCGUCCAGCACCGGCGACGAGGACGGAAAUCCGCCUGUCUUCGCCCCGCCGGCUUUGCGUGUGCCAGGGGCCGGGAAGGACGGCAAGGCGCUGGUGAUACACCAGACGCCGAACAUACUGCUGUAUUUGGGGCCAAGGUUGGGGCUCGCAGGGGCGGAUGAGGCGGAGGGCUUUUGGGUCAAUCAGUUGGCGCUUACAGCGCUGGACGUUAAUAAUGAGGCGCAUGAUACGCACCACCCCGUUGCGGUCGGGGACUACUACGAGGCGCAGAAGGAGGAGUCCCUCCGCAAAGCGAAGGACUUCCGCGAAAACCGCCUCCCGAAGUUCUUCAGCUACUUCGAGCGCGUGCUCAAGCAUAACGAGAGCGCUGGGGAGGGCAAGUACAUGGUCGGCGACAAGCUGACAUAUGCCGACCUGACGUUCUGGCAGGUUGUGGAUGGGCUGCACUUUGCGUUUCCGAACGAGAUGAUGGCCCGAGCGAGCGAGUUCCCGUUCAUAUUCGAGAAUUUCUAUCCGGCCAUCAAGGAGGAGAAGGGCAUCAAGGCGUACUUGGGCAGUGAUAGGCGGCUGGAGUACUCGAUGGGUCUUUACCGCCACUACCCAGAGUUGGACCGUCAGUAG